AUGUCCAAUAUUGUCGAAAUAUCAGACAGGCUCAAUUCGCCGCUGCCGUUCAAGCCGCCCUCCUACAAGCCUGCCAAGCGCAGACACAGGUUUCUAAGACAGAUCCUCAACGACGAGGCCAAACGGAUCCAGCUCAAGCAACAGCACGCCCACGACCCAAAUCUCGUGACAUAUCAGUCGCUGUCGGCGCCACCCUCGCUCAGACCCACCAAGACCUACUGUGACAUCACAGGACUGCCCACGCACUACAAGUCCCCGCACAACCAGCUCAGAUACUACGACAAAGAGUGCUACGACAUCGUCAAACACAUGGCUCCCGGCGUUGACCAGCAGUAUUUAGCGUUGCGCAGUGCCAACGUGGUGCUUAAGUAG